AUGGCAUCUUUUCCCCCACCCCCUCUUGCAUCCAUAGAAUGGAACAAGCUGGGUGUUGCUCCCAUGGACGUCUAUGGUCAUGUUGAGUCAGAGUAUUCAAUCGCAACUGGAGAAUGGUCAAAGCCACAUUUCGUGGAAGAUCCAUUUAUCAAAGUCCAUGGGCUCGCACCAGGUCUCAAUUACGGCCAACAAGCCUUUGAAGGCAUGAAAGCAUACCGUGACCCUAAAGGCCAGAUCCAAAUUUUUCGACCGAAGGAUCAUGCAGCUCGUCUAGCUCUGUCUUGUUCGACCAUCGCCAUUCCCACAAUCCCCGAAGAUGUUUUUCUUGCUAGCAUUAACCUAGCGGUCGCCCGCAAUGCCGAGUAUGUUCCUCCUCAUGACUCUGAUGCCGCGUUAUACAUCCGACCCUUAGUCUUUGGCUCUGAAGCCUUCUUUGCCGUGUCUGCGGGUACCGGUUAUCGGUUCUGUGUGUAUGUGCAGCCAUACAAGGCGUAUCACGGAGUCCAACCAUUGCCUGCGCUUGUGCUGGAAGAACUAGAUCGAGCUGCACCUCAAGGUGUUGGUCACGUUAAGGUCGGAGGCAACUAUGCGCCUGUGUUGAAGUGGAGUGACAAAGCCCGCGCAGAAGGGUUCCACAUCACCUUGCACCUCGACAGCCGAACGCAAUCGCAGAUUGAUGAAUUCAGCACUUCAGGAUUUCUGGGACUGAAAAAGACUGGAGACUCAUUCACUCUGGUCGUCCCCAGCUCUCCAUCCAUUCUGAAGAGUGUCACCAGUACAUCGUGCGUGGAAUUGGCACGGUCAUUUGGGUGGGCUGUAGAGUUGCGACCGAUUCCAUACCUUGAAUUGCCACAUUUCAUAGAAAUAUUGGCUGCAGGAACAGCGGCGAUGGUGGUUCCAAUCAAAUCGAUCACCCGGAGAUCUACCGGAGAUGUAUUCACUUACUCUGUGGACGGACCUGGUGAGGCUUGCCAACGUCUUUCAAGUGCGUUAUUGUCGGUGCAAAAGGGAUUGACUACCAAUGAUAAUGACUGGCUUUGGCCCGUGGCGCCAGUGGCCGAUGCUGAGGAAUGA